UGAACAUGGCUGGAGAGUUGCAGUUUGCCAACCAUGUUCUAGUCCAACUGAGUGGCAACCCUGGGCCCUGGCCGACCCGUUUUCACACUUGAGCAAGAUGGGAGACAUCUUCUGGAAGCAGAGCAUCCAGCCAGCCUGCCUGCUGGUCUCGUCAGACUGCAAUGCUGCAAGUGGAAUCGCUUUUUGAGACGGCACAAGAGACCUGCUGAUGCCCCCCUGAUGGGAUGUCACCAAUACUGAGGUAAAAAUAUUAUGCAGAGAUCUUCCACUGAAUGAACACAUUUUUCUUAAAGUUGCAUAUACUCCAAGAAAAUCCCCCAAAUGUUUUCAUGUCUCAGCGGAAUAUAAGAUUUAAAGAAGAUAUUCCACAGGAGCCCCCUGAGCGUCACCAUGUUCUGGAAGUUUGACUUGAACGCUGCCUCGCACGUUGACAAGCUGCUGGACAAGGAGGACGUGACAUUGCAGGAGCUGAUGGAUGAGGACGACCUCCUGCAGGAGUGCAAGGCGCAGAACCGGAAGCUGCUGGACUUCCUGUGCCGGCCACAGUGCAUGGAAGAGCUGGUGAGCCUCAUCACGCAGGACCCGCCCCUCGACAUGGAAGAGAAGGUCCGCUUCAAAUAUCCCAACACCGCCUGUGAGCUGCUGACCUCUGAUGUGCCGCAGAUCAACGACAGGCUGGGUGGGGACGAGUCCUUGCUGGACCUCCUGUAUGGCUUCCUGGACCAUGAGCCUCCCCUCAACCCGUUGCUCGCCAGCUUUUUCAGCAAGACCAUCGGCAACCUCAUCGCAAGGAAGACGGAGCAGGUAAUUGUGUUUUUGAAGAAGAAAGAUGGCUUCAUCAACUCGGUGCUGCGGCACCUGGGCACCUCAGCCAUGAUGGAUCUGCUGCUGCGUCUGGUCAGCUGCGUGGAGCCAGUUGGUCUCCGCCAUGAGGUCCUGCACUGGCUUAAUGAAGAGAAGGUCAUCGAGAGGCUCGUGGGGCUGAUCCACCCAGGUCAGGAGGAAGACAGGCAGUCCAAUGCGUCCCAGACACUCUGUGACCUCAUCCGGUUGGCCAGAGACCAGAGUGGUCAGCUGCAGGAGAUGGUGGAGCCCGACCCCCUCCUUGUGGUCCUGGAGUCGCAGGGCUGUGUGGAGCAGCUGCUCAGGAACAUGUUUGAUGGAGACCAGAGCGAGAGCUGCCUGGUGCAUGGCACUCAGGUCCUGCUGUCCCUGCUGGAGCCGCGGCGCCCAGGGACAGAGGGCGGCUUGCUGGAUCCCGUCUCUCGGGGACUCGAGCAACCCCACAGCGUGAGCAGCAGUGUGCUGCGGGCCAUCGAGCUGAGGCUGCCUGAUUUCCACUGCCUGCUGCUCAGCCCGCCCAAGAAAAGCGCCAUCCUAACCACCGUCGGCCUGCUGGAGGAGCCACUGGGGAAUGCACGGCUGCAUGGUGCCCGCCUUGUGGCUGCCCUCUUGCACACGGGCGCACCCAGCGUCCACCAGGAGCUCUGUCGCCUCAACACCAUGGACCUGCUGCUGGACCUGUUCUUCAAGUACACCUGGAACAACUUCCUGCACUUCCAAGUGGAACUGUGCGUGGCAGCCAUUCUGUCACACGCAGCCCCCGAUGAGAGAGCUGCCGCUGGUGAGCCCGGGAGCAAAGCAGACCCAGCUCCCAGCAGUGGCAGCCCUGAAGACCCCCAGCCUGCUGCUGGCUGCCCCGAGGACACCCUGGUGACCCAUCUUUUCCAGAAGUGCUGCCUGGUCCAGAGGAUCCUGGAGGCCUGGGAAGCCAACGACCACACACAGGCAGCAGGUGGCCUACGGCGUGGUAACAUGGGCCACCUCACUCGCAUCGCCAAUGCGGUGGUGCAGAACCUGGAGCGCGGCCCUGUGCAUGCCCAUAUCAGCGCCAUCAUCCGAGGGCUCCCUGAGGACUGUCAGGGUCGCUGGGAGAGUUUCGUGGAGGAGACCCUGACCGAAACCAACCGCAGGAACACAGCAGACCUGGUGAGCGUGCACCACCUGCACUCCUCCAGUGAGGAUGAAGACCUCGACGGCACCUUCCCCAACGAGCUAUCCCUCCAGCAGGCCUUCUCUGAGUACCAGAUCCAGCAGAUGACGGCCAGCUUUGUGGACCAGUUUGGCUUUAAUGAUGAAGAGUUUGCAGACCAGGAUGACAACAUCAACGCUCCCUUCGACCGGGUUGCCGAGAUCAGCUUCAGCACGGAGGCCGACGACACCAGUGACAGUCCCCCCGUGGCACUGUUUGAAGCCUGCUGCAGUGACCACAUCCAGCCCUUUGAUGACGAUGAGGAGGACAUCUGGGAGGACGGCGAGCUGAGUCGGUCAGCCCGAGUGACAGCCAGAGCCAGGUUCGGAGCUCCCAGCGUCACAGAGAGGGGUGGUCACAGCAGGAGGAGCCAGGACAUGGACUCAUCCCUGGGUGACAGCCCUCCCACCAGGGACAGCCAGAGCCCCAACCUGAUGCCAGCUGCCAUGCAGAAACAAGUCCCUGCCCAGGAGGGCGAUGUAGAAGGACCUGGCUGGGAGACCUUUGUUGAGCCUGAGCACGCAGCACCGCAGGCACCAGGGGCUGCUCUGGAUGCUGGGCCCAUUGUAUGGGCUGGCAGCUCGCCCGCCGCCCCAGCCACCGAGAAGGGUUGGGCCACCUUCACCGACUUCCAGCCCUUCUGCUGCUCUGAGUCGGGCCCCCGGUGCAGCUCCCCUGUGGACACAGAUGGCAGCGACAUCCAGGGUGGCCCAGACCAGGGCCCAGAGCAAACGGCCGGCCCAGCCCCCCCAAGCGCCUGGAGUACAUGUGUCCCUAAGAAGGUGCCCCCGGCAGGCUCCAGUGGCAGGUCCUCGGAGAGAGAGGGCAGUGAGCUGAAGACAGCUGGCUUGGGCUUCAGCCAGGAGACUCCUCUACAAGCUGCAGAGGCCAGCCCAAGGGCUGACCCCUCAUCCCAGGGCCUUGGGACUGCCACCCUGCCUGAGAUGACACCCCCCACAACGGAGCCCACCCCCACAGCCCUGAGCAAGGCUGGGCACAGUGCACCCCCACUGGUCACCUCGACGGCAGUGGCUGUUGUGGCUCCCCCAGGGCCCAUCGUGGUGGCCACCAUAAGGGACAGGAAGACAGAGCCACCACCAGGAGCCACCUCAAACGGCCCUGUGUGAUUCUGCUGCCACCAGGCCCGGCGCAGCCAUCAAGAAAACCACUGGGUGAUGCAACUUAUCUUUAAUUUAAUUUAAUUUAAUUUUGAAAUAAAUGCUGCAUUGGUCGAGCUGGCAGUGGGAACCGUCGAACGCCCGGCUCGAGGCUCUCUGCUACGGCCCAGCUGUGUGACCACGGGGCCCAAGGCAGACCAGCCGUCCACCCGCCAGCACAGCAAUAACCUUAGCCCACCGCCGGGCUCUGCUCCAGCCUGGGCUCCGAGAGCGAGGGCCACCACCUGGGGUUCCUUUUCCACAGUUUUUCACGAAUGCAGGAAGAGCCUCAUUUUUGCACUUUGUCAUCGCCAUAGGUGACUAGCCUCCUCCCUCAGGGACCCACCUUGUGGGGAGGGGGAGACCCCCGAAUGCACCUGGGCAUGGGGCGUGAACCCGGGCUGCGGGAUUCGACUGCCUUAAACCCACCCUCGCAGCCCGGCCACGAGGUCCAGGCCCGCCCACCGGUGUGAACCUGACUCCAAUAAACAGCUGUGUCGUUC